UCUCACUAGGUUAUUCUGUCUCACUCCAUCAGGUAAGACUCAAGAUAAUAAUCACUAUGUGGUCAUUCUCUUGGCUAAUAACCCUUUUCAUUCUCUUGACUGAUCUGAGACCGGUUUUUCUGAGUGAAAUAGAAUUUCUCCAUAGGUGAGAGGGUUGUUCUGUAUUUCAAGAGCUACAAGAUAAGGAACAGUGGCACUCUAAAGAUAAAAAACAACAAGAAAAUAAUUACUUUGAAGUUAUUCUGACUGUCUUCUCUUCAUCCUUGCCGGACAUCUACCACAGAUAUGUGUGUCACCAGCUGCUCCAGGUGUGUGGGUGUGUCCCUUGUUCCCAUGGCAUUUGUGUGCAUGCUGGCCAAUGGCCUGUUGCUGUUGCCAGACCUUAAGGCACACUACCUGUUGGACGGUCACGUGACCAGAGAGGCCAGGUGGGGCACAGGCCUGUGGGCCUCUGGAUUCCUGGUUCUUAUUGGAGCUCGGGGGUUUGUGAUUGGCAGCUCAAGGGAAGGCUGCUGUGCAUACAGGAUAGAGAUGCUGUGCCAAGUGGGGUGUUCCUGCGUGGCUCUGGCUGCUGCAGCCUUUUGCUGCCUAGUGAGCGCUACAGGACUGGUACAGGGACCACUGUGUCUGCACAACAGCACACAAGGUCUGGCCUGGGAGAUGCCACUCAAACUACAGAAAAGCGGAGAUCCCAUCUACCUGUUUGAUAGAACGUUAUGGCCGGCGGCCUGCGAGGAGCCACGGAACAUUGUUCAAUGGAAUGUAGUGCUGUUUUCUGUUCUCAUGGCAACCAGUGCACUGCAGGCCAUCCUUUGUGCAGCACAUACAAUCAAUGCUAUCCUGGGCAUAAUAUUUGGGCCAAGAUUCUGCAAAAACAAGGUCAGUCCAGCUUGAGGACAUCAUCCAGGAACCUAAUUAGGAGCAGGAAGGAAGGACCUCCCGACGGAAGUACUGUAGUUAAUAUAUGCUGAUCUUAAGUCAGUUUUACAUAUUUUCCCCUAAUGGAUGAGGUCAGGAUUGUGGAGGUUUAGCUGAUCCUGGAUCUAUGCCUACAGGCAGCUUCUACCACCGCUAAACAUUGGUUCUGGCCACCAGUCAGCGUUUCACGAACUAAGAAGCAGACUUGCACUUUAAAGAAAAAAUCAUAAAAUAGCAUAUAUUUUGUAAUAUGAUUUUAUUAUGUUUUGAUAAGCUAACAGAGUAAAACAGGGAGACCAAAAAAAGGCAGAUUUAGAAGAGGAUAGAGGUAGAUGGGAUGGGGACAAGCUGUUUUGGAGGGAUUUCAAAAAAAUAUCUUUAAGUUUUAUAUGCCUACAUGAUACCAUUCAGACAGCGGUCUCUACACUUUGCUUGCAAGUUGGCACUCUUACAGGGCCCAAAAAAGUUGGUAUGAAACUUUUAUCUAACAAUUCCACAGCAAAUACCUAAAACACACAAAUCUAAGUUAAGGAAUGGAAUAAGAAUAUAUAUAUAUAAAUAUAUGGAUGAGCAAUGUCAGAGCGGCAUAGGAAAGAUGCAAUACAUAGUAUAGAUUAGUGUUUACAUAUGAGAUGAGUAAUGCAAGAUAUGUAAACAUUAUUAAAGUGGCAUUA